CCCUGGGAGCUGAAAGGUUCCCCUCUAGUUCAGACCAUUGGGAAACUGCAAAGCAAAAGGAUCUACCUCCUCGCAGCUUGCAAAAGCGAUCGCUGCCGCCAAGCCAUUGCUGUGUCUUUCUCUAGAAGAGAAGCUUUGGGAUUGUGCACCUUUGGCUCUGGCAGGCAUCGCCUCGGCAACUUGUUGGUCUCCGGAGUGGCGAGGGCAAGGACCAUGCGGUGAAAAAGGAAAGAAAAGAAGGAAAGAAAGAAAGAAAGAGGCGGCAGCUCGGUGGUCUCUUGGGAAGGCAGGAGACUUGCAACCCUUUGCCUCCAUCCCCCUUCCCUUCCUUCUAAGGCCAGUUGCAGAGGGCUAUUGAGGCAGCGUUUCGGUCUCUCUCCUUGUUUUAUUACCUGGCAGCCUCCCAAAAAGGGAUCUGGAUCUGAAGCCCCUCGAGGCUCUUCUUCUUCGGAGAAAAGUGCCUGCCUUUGGAAGAACAAGGAGUCCCCCCCCCCCAAGACGUCCCUCCUUUUUCUUCUCCCCUCCUUUGGAUGUUUGGCCUUGGGAAGGAUUUGGGUCCUCUUCUUCUGCUUCUACAUCUUCUCCUCCAAAAACUGGCUUUUGUCAUCGUUCCAAAGGAAGAGGAGCCUUCUUGUUGCCUUUGGCCACAAAAGCCCAGCUUGGGAAUGAGUCCUCCGGCCUUUUGAGACGCCAGCCUCUGCCCCUACCCCGCUGCAGCCACCCUAUGGAUCUCACUUAGGGGGGAGAGUGCUUUCCCGCCCGGACUGGCCUGGCCCAAACGAUUUCAGAUGCAUGCCAGGUUCUUGGUGAAUGCCAGAUCUAGAGAUCGCUAUAGAUGGAGUCCCAAGGUCAGCAUGGCAGUGGCAGUUCAUUAGUUGUCCUUCAGCAGCCAUCUUUGGAUAGCCGUCAAAGGGUGGACUGUGAGAGAGAUGUUCAGCCUGCCGCCAUCUUGUCACUGGAUCAGAUCAAGACUAUCAGGGGCAGCAAUGAAUACACUGAAGGCCCCUCUGUGGUGAAAAAGUCUGCUCCACGGGCUGCCCCUAGACAAGAAAAACAUGAAAGGACUCAUGAAAUCAUACCAAUUAAUGUGAAUAAUAAUUAUGAACACAGGCCCAGUCACCCAGGACAUGUACUGCAUCAACAUAGUUCAAGAGCUCCUGUGUUGAGCAGGUCCACAAGCACUGGGAGCGCGGCUAGUUCGGGCAGUAACAGCAGUGCUUCUUCAGAGCAGGGUCUGCUGCUGAGGUCACCCCCGUCUAGGCCAGGUCCAGGUCACAGAUCUGAAAGGCCAAUCUGGACACAGCCCAAGCCUUCAUCGCUGAUUGUGGAUGACCUGAAGAGUCCCUUAAAAGAGGACUCAACGCAGCACAAGUUUAUCUGUGAACAGUGCGGGAAGUGCAAAUGCGGAGAGUGCACAGCGCCCAGGGCCUUGCCUUCCUGCUUGGCCUGCAACAGGCAGUGCUUGUGCUCAGCAGAAAGCAUGGUGGAAUAUAGCACCUGUAUGUGCCUGGUCAAAGGGAUCUUCUACCACUGUUCCAAUGAUGAUGAAGGGGACUCUUACGCGGAUAAUCCUUGCUCUUGUUCCCAGUCACAUUGCUGGUCUAGGUACUUAUGCAUGGGAGCCAUGUCCUUGUUUUUGCCUUGCCUGCUUUGUUAUCCUCCGGCAAAAGGAUGCCUCAAAUUGUGCCGAGGGUGUUAUGACUGGAUCAACCGUCCAGGUUGCCGAUGCAAGAACUCCAACACAGUUUAUUGUAAGCUGGAAAGUUGCCCUUCUAGAGGACAAGGCAAGCCUUCCUGAUUUAUGGAGGGAAAUGUUCAGUUCCUCAGACUGUCUUUCAGGUCGUGGCUGGCUUUUCUGUUUUCAUGCCUUCCUCUCCACUUUCUAUUUUUUCUUAUUUACAUUUUCUUUUCAUCUCACAACCUCUUUCAGCAUAAGCACAUCUGAGUAUUUCCAUGGUCUUUGGUAAGCAUGGCUCACAUACUUGCAUCUAAUUUUGUCUCUUGGCAAGUCACCUCAGGUUUGUGAGUAAUCCCUUCAUUAAAAAAUAUUGAGGAUACUGUGUUUUUCUGAAGUCUUCUACUCUGCAAACUUUCCAAAGAUGUAUUUUGUUUUGUUCUCUACAAUUCUAUGUUUAACUAAUUCUUAAUGGCUUCAGAGUGAUUAUUUCAAGUCUUCCUUGCCUGUUUUUUUUAAUAUAAAAAAUGUCCAUAAUCCAGCUCUUUAACAAAAAGAGAAAAAAGUGUUUGUUAUAGAUGGGUUGGAAUUUAGCAAACCUAGUGCUUGCCUUCUUUUCAAAUUGUAACUAGCAUGCAUUUUGCUCCCACUUUAAGAAUUCUUUAAAAUGUCUUCACAUUUCACAUUGUGAAACCACAUUUUAGCUUGGGAAGCCACCCCCAACAAAAUGUACAUUGGAGACGCUAUGGCUACAGCUAUGUCAAUUUGUUCCUGUAACUUUCAGAUAUAUACAAGGCCCUUUGAUUUCACUUAUUGAAUUUUUUUUUAUGCUACAGUUGUUGGUUUCUGAAUAUUUGACUAAUAAUCUUCAGGUAUCAUACAAUUGUGCAAACAUUCUUGGAUCUCUUCACACUUCUAUUAUUUCUGUGGUUUAAUGCCAUUUAACUUCAACCCUGAGCUCAGUAACUUUUAAUCCUCUCUGUUUUUGUUGCCUUAGCCACAAAAUGUGGUGCUUUUUUGUAUAUUUUAUGUACAAACACAAAGUUGAAUUCUGACUAUUUUUAAGACAAAGGUCUGUCAAAACUUUUUUUAUUGUAAAGAAUAUUUAUUAUAUGAAUCUCUAUUAUUUUAUGAUAUUUAUUACAAAGGACUGUUCCAAAAAUGUACUCCUGUUUGAAUAUAACAAAAUAUCAAUACUUAACGAAAAUAAGGGUGACACAAAGAAAGUACGUAUGUUAAACUAUAAUGCAGAAAAUAUAAUAAUUAAUGAAAAUGUC